GAAACUAGUGACUUCCAACCGGAGCAAAUCACUAAGGGCAUUAUUACAAGUGAGCUAAGAAGCACAAGUCGUAGAGAGUGAUUUUAUGAGAACUCCAAGCUCAUGGAUCAAACCAGAGAAGCAAGUAUCCUUAGACGAAAGCAUCAAAGUUUUGAUCUCAAAGAUUCAUCUUUUGAGGAAGGACAAAAAGUGGACUUGCAGGAGACAGUGAAAUUAAGGCCUGAGAUUGAUCAUAAUGGAGAUUCAUUCCCUACAAGCAAGAGGAAAAGAGAUCCUCAAAGGAAAGAAAGUGUAGGAAAUGAACAAGAUUGUGAAUUUUCUCAUAGGAUUUUCGCAUCAGAUCAUAAUCAACACAGAAACAAUGGAGUAAUGGGUGUUGUAGUUCCCAAGAAGGCUCGUUCAUCAAAUAAUUCAGUUCCGAGAAAGAUGCGCCUCUUGAAGACAUCCAAAUCCUCUCCAGCAACUAAAGAUCACAUUGAAACUGAGAUAGCUGAGCUUUUGUAUGGGUUAAAGACCAGCAGAAAUCAGGAUACAUCAGGAAAGAUCGAGACAAAUGGUGCGUAUGAAAAAAAGAAGGUUGAUCUGGCUUCAAAGAGUUCAACUUCAGAGUUGGUUAAAACUGAAAGGGAAAAAGCUGAUGAUUAUACUAACGGUCAUGAUACUAAACCAUAUGCUCCAAACAAGGACAUUAAGCAAGUCAAUUUGGAAUCCAUCGACCUGAUGGCUCCUGCUUGUCCUACAGUGUUAUCCCGAGAAACUAGAACUUCGGCACUAGAAGUAGAAUUGAUUGAAGAUAAGGAGGAGACGAAGAUGGACACGUUUAAGAAAAACCAGGAUGCAAUAAAGAUUGAUAUAAACGUGCCAAACAAGGAUAAUGGCAUUUUGACAAACCACCAAGUGAACAAAACUGUCUCACCGGCAUGGUCAAGAAAUCUCCCUCCACCUGGAUACGUCCAACCAUCCUUGCGGCCAACUAUGAAGACAGAUAAAACCAUAGGAUCUUCAUCAACAGCCCUGCAACUUGUGGAUUUUGUACUUUCUCCACAGCAAUCAAAGCGCUGUGCAAGCCAUCAUUACAUCGCUCGUAACAUAUUCUUGCACCAACAGCUUUUAAGAGUCAAUUCUAGCGCCUUAUGUGGCACAAAGCCCAACAAUGUUAAUGAUGUGCCGACUCUAGAAAGUCUACAAAAUGAUUUUCUUGGUGCAAAAAAGAAUGCUACACAAGUGAAGAAGGAACUGGUUGUUUCAAAAUUUCCUAGUCUUGGCACAAAUAAAACCCCUGAUGCUAGCAACUCACUGGAUUCAAUGCAAAUGGAGCAAGAAGGUCCAUGCAUAAAGCAUCAACCAUAUUAUUCAGCAACAGUAGUAACUAGUCAUGCAAGAGGUGGGAACUCCAGUUGUGCUUUCUCUUCUAAUAAUUCCAUCCGUUCAUUUUCUACAUCAUUAGUAACAGACGCAAUCUCUGCUGCAAAAAAUUCAAGUACCUCAAUUGGCUUGUCAUCAUCUUCAUCUCAUAAGCAAUCAUGUGGUGUUCAAAUUAAAGCCAUUAACAUGUUGUCAUCUCCUGAACCACAAAUGCAACAGUCUCAUCCUCACAUGCUCAUGGCUGAGACAUGGCAAGAGAAAUCUCCAUCUAUUGUUGGUCAAAAGAAUGUGUAUAAUCAAAACUUGACAAUUCCAAUUCAGCCCAAGGACUUUUCCUUCAGGUCAUCUAUAAUAUCAAAUAGCAAUGGAGGCAAGAAGCAAGAGGCUUUAAAGGGUGGUUUUGAGCUUGUGUCUUCUCAGUCAUUUGCUAUAUCAUUUCACAGUCAACCUAGUGUUGCUUGGCAAGGAUAUUAUUCUGCAUGGAAGACAAAUACUGUACAUCAGACAAGUUCUAUCCAUCAAGAUGAUGAAAAGAAAGUCAAUUCUGGGAAAUCAUCAACCAGUGGGCCUACCACCCUUGUUUUUGAUGACUCAUCAAAGUAUCUUAGCUUUGUGUUAUCUCCUGAAAAUGGAACUUGGCUAGAUCAUUCAAUGGUUUCGACUACAAUGACAUCAAAUGCCCCUCUUUUCGGUAAUGCUUCGAGAUCUCAACAUUUGCUUCAGCUUCAAAAGCAACAUUAUGCGCAGCAGCAACAACAACUUCCCAUGGCUACACAAUAUAAAGCAUCCAACAAUAACACUUCUGCCGCAGAACUUCCAGGCAAUUCCUUUUUGUCCAAAAAUUUUCCUCAUUGCAACAGUUCUAGCCCUUCUUUCCAUUCAAAGAGCUCAAGAAGAGCAUUAGAUUCUCAACAUUUUCCCAAACCAAAAGUUGUUUCUCAGGAGCAAGGAAGAGUUUUAAAAGGUCAUGCACAAAUAUCUUUUGGGGGAAACUAUAACAUUCCCACCAUUGCAAGUCCAACAUCAUUUCAAUAACAACCAAUCUUCAGACAUAACUUCUGCAAGAUAUCUACCUAAUGGUAGCAACUCAAUGACAAAUUGCCAAGGAAGCAAAGUUUGUUCAACAGUUAGUGCUUUGAAGACUUGAGAGAAGCCAUCAUAAUUCUUCAGUUGAGACUUGCCAAAAAUCUUCUCCAACGAGAGGUUGAAAUAUUACAAGUCAUAUUUUAUUGUGCAUGAAGAUGAAAAAGAUUUCUCCGCAGACAUGAAAGCGAAUUCAUAUGGGGCACAAUCAUUUGAAAUCAAUCUUGAGGCAAGAAGGUAGAAUCAAGGUGACUAAUCUCAUGUUUGGGAUAGUAAGUCAGCUAGAGAAAGAAUGAUAAUGAAAAGAAGGCAGGCUCCAUGGGGGCCAAAAACAUUGAAAUUAAAGGAGGGACUACCAUCUUUUCUUACUUAUUUUGAUUUGGUCCUGUUGGCUUCUUUGAAGGUUGCUUUGUACUCGAUGGAUUGAAAUCAUGAUCACAUAUGGCUAAUGUAAUACUAAUAUGUAGAUAACAUAAAAUUUUUCUUUUGUUGUGCCAAAAAAUAUAUCAACACAUUCAAUUUGUUUUAA